GGCACUUCCGGUCGGGCCCUCGGGUCUCCCCGGAGCGGCGGCGCCUUCUCCGCCUCCUCGGCCUCCUCCCGGCGGAGACCCCGGCGCCGGGUCUCCUGUCUGCCCACCCGUCAGAGAUGGAGGCAAACCCAGCAGGCAGCGGCGCCGGGGGUGGCGCGAACAGCGGCAUAGGGGGCGAGGACGGGGUCCACUUCCAGAGCUACCCCUUUGACUUCCUGGAAUUCCUCAACCACCAGCGCUUUGAGCCCAUGGAACUGUACGGGGAACACGCCAAGGCUGUGGCGGCCCUGCCCUGUGCCCCUGGUCCCCCGCCCCAGCCCCCACCCCAGCCCCCUCCCCCCCAGUAUGACUACCCACCCCAGUCGACCUUCAAGCCCAAGGCGGAGGCACCUUCCUCGUCUUCAUCAUCUUCCUCCUCUUCCUCUUCGUCUUCGUCCUCCUCCUCUUCCCAAGCCAAGAAGCCUGAUCCGCCCCUGCCACCGGCCUUCGGGCCGCCCCCGCCCCCCCUCUUUGAUGCUGCCUUCCCUGCCCCGCAGUGGGGCAUCGUUGACCUCUCGGGACACCAGCACCUGUUUGGGAACCUGAAACGAGGAGGGCCCACAUCUGGGCCGGGGGUGACACCAGGGCUGGGCACACCCACAGGGGCCCCCGGGCAGCUUCCUGCCCCCUCACAGACCCCACCAGGACCCGCCGCAGGGGCGGCCUGCGACCCAACCAAGGACGACAAGGGUUACUUCCGCAGGCUGAAGUACCUGAUGGAGAGGCGCUUCCCCUGCGGCGUGUGCCAGAAGUCCUUCAAACAGUCCUCGCACCUGGUUCAGCACAUGCUGGUGCACUCGGGAGAGAGGCCUUACGAAUGCGGCGUCUGCGGCCGCACCUACAACCACGUGUCCAGCCUCAUCCGCCACCGCCGCUGCCACAAAGAUGUGCCACCAGCUGCCGGGGGCCCACCCCAGCCUGGUCCUCCACUUCCGCCACUGGGCCUCCCUGCGCCCACGGCCACUGCUGCAGCUGCUGCCCCCACCACUGUUUCCUCCGGCCCUCCAGCCACGCCCACGGCUCCUGCCCCCUCCGGGGACGCGAAUGCCGCCCCCGCCGCCCCUGCUGGUGUCGGGGUGCCCCCUCCGACGUCCGGGGGCGGUGAGGGCCCGUUUGCCUGCCCACUCUGCUGGAAGGUUUUCAAGAAGCCCAGCCACCUCCACCAGCACCAGAUCAUCCACACAGGCGAGAAGCCCUUUUCCUGCUCUGUGUGCAGCAAAAGCUUCAAUCGCAGGGAGAGCCUCAAGCGGCACGUGAAGACGCACUCCGCAGACCUCCUGCGCCUGCCCUGCGGCAUCUGCGGGAAGGCCUUCCGCGACGCCUCCUACCUCCUCAAGCACCAGGCGGCACAUGCAGGGGCGGGGGCAGGGGGCCCUCGGCCGGUGUACCCUUGCGACCUAUGCGGCAAGUCCUACUCGGCGCCGCAGAGCCUGCUCCGGCACAAGGCUGCCCAUGCCCCGACCGCUGCCACCGCCCCCACUGACGCACCCAAGGAGGGGGCGGCCUCGGUCCCGCAGCCCCCGCCCACCUUUCCCCCGGGCCCUUAUCUCCUGCCCCCUGACCCUUCUGCCACAGACAGCGAGAAGGCUGCUGCCGCCGCAGCGGCCGUAGUGUAUGGUGCGGUGCCAGUCCCGCUCCUGGGGGCACACCCGCUGUUGCUCGGCGGGGCUGGGACCAGCGGGGCGGGAGGCUCUGGUGCCAGUGUCCCUGGAAAGACGUUCUGCUGCGGCAUCUGUGGGCGUGGCUUCGGGCGCCGUGAGACCCUGAAGCGCCAUGAGCGCAUCCACACCGGGGAGAAGCCCCACCAGUGCCCUGUGUGCGGGAAGCGCUUCCGUGAGUCCUUCCACUUGAGCAAGCACCACGUGGUGCACACGCGUGAGCGGCCCUACAAGUGCGAGCUCUGCGGCAAGGUCUUCGGCUACCCGCAGAGCCUCACCCGCCACCGCCAGGUGCACCGGCUCCAGCUGCCCUGCGCCCUGGCCGGGGCUGCUGGACUCCCGGCCACCCAGGGCACGCCGGGGGCCUGUGGGCCUGGGUCCUCGGCCGGGUCCUCAGGGCCCACCGACGGGCUGAGCUACGCCUGCUCGGACUGUGGCGAACACUUCCCAGAUCUCUUUCACGUCAUGAGCCACAAGGAGGCCCACAUGUCCGAGAAGCCAUAUGGCUGCGACGCCUGCGGCAAGACCUUCGGCUUCAUCGAGAACCUCAUGUGGCACAAGCUGGUCCACCAGGCUGCCCCUGAGCGCCUGCUGCCUCCCACGCCCGGCGGCCCCCAGGCCCCAGAUGGCUCCGGUGGCACCGACGCGGCCAGCGUGCUGGACAACGGGUUGGCCGGAGAGGUGGGGGCGGCCGUGGCGGCUCUGGCAGGGGUGUCUGGGGGCGAAGACGCAGGCGGGGCGGCGGUGGCAGGUGCCGGCGGGGGUGCCAGUUCAGGCCCUGAGCGUUUCAGCUGUGCUACAUGCGGCCAGAGCUUCAAGCACUUCCUGGGCCUUGUGACUCACAAGUACGUGCACCUGGUGCGACGGACCCUGGGCUGCGGCCUCUGCGGCCAGAGCUUUGCCGGCGCCUACGACCUGCUCCUGCACCGCCGCAGCCACCGGCAGAAGCGGGGCUUCCGCUGCCCCGUGUGCGGGAAGCGCUUCUGGGAGGCAGCCCUGCUGAUGCGCCACCAGCGCUGCCACACGGAACAGCGGCCCUACCGGUGCGGCGUGUGCGGCCGGGGCUUCCUGCGCUCCUGGUACCUGCGGCAGCACCGCGUGGUGCACACCGGUGAGCGGGCCUUCAAGUGUGGCGUGUGCGCCAAGCGCUUUGCGCAGUCGUCCAGCCUGGCGGAGCACCGGCGGCUGCACGCCGUGGCCCGGCCUCAGCGCUGCGGUGCCUGCGGCAAGACCUUCCGCUACCGCUCCAAUCUGCUGGAGCACCAGCGGCUGCACCUGGGUGAGCGCGCCUACCGUUGCGAGCACUGCGGCAAGGGCUUCUUCUAUCUGAGCUCCGUGCUGCGACACCAGCGUGCCCAUGAGCCGCCGAGGCCUGAGCUCCGCUGUCCCGCCUGCCUCAAGGCCUUCAAGGAUCCUGGCUACUUCCGUAAGCACCUGGCGGCCCACCAGGGCGGCCGGCCCUUCCGCUGCUCCUCCUGCGGCGAGGGCUUCGCCAACACCUACGGCCUCAAGAAACACCGCCUGGCACACAAGGCUGAGGGCCUCGGGGGCCCUGGAGCAGGGGCAGGCACCUUGGCUGGGAAGGAUCCCUGAGCGGGCGUUUCCCAUCGGCCACUCCAAUCAGAUGCCCUUCUCGACUCCCCGCUCCCGGGCUGCUGAUCAGACUCUGCCCCUCCUCGCUGUUGCCCCAUCCUGCAGGACUUGGAUGGACUAUCUUCCUCCAGGCCCAUGCCCUACAAACUCAAAACUGAAUCACUCCCAUCCUGGACCUCUCUGCCCUCCCCUCAUCACAUGAGACACUGAACUUGAUCCUCCAUCCAGUCCUCCUUUGUAACCCUCAUCGGCCCCUCCAGCAGCAUUCUGCCCCCAAUAAGCUUUGGUGGAGAUGGGUCCGAACUGUCCCUCCCCCUUCCUUGGGAAUCUGGCCGGACAGUGGAAUACUAGCAGAGUUGGGAGGGCACAAGGGGGGUGGCUGGGUGCUCUUUUGGAUUGUGGGGUGGGGGGCGGGGGGCAGACGCGGCUUGUAUGGAGCGGAGAAUAAUAAAUCUUACCAACAGG